AUGGUUUCUGUUGAGAUAGGACAUGGAAGUGUUCUCAUUAGGCAUCCAAGUUCAAUAGCUCGGGAUGAGGAAUCUGAAGCUAGCUCACUUUCAGUGGAUAACAAACAAUUGCCAUCUAACGAGGCUUAUUCCUAUUCUGAUGCCCCUCCUGUACAUAAUGUUAGUAGGGUUGUAGGUUUUUCAAGUCCUGGGUUUGAAAGAAUGAAGAACCAUAAUGGACAAGGGAUGCAACCAGAACAACUUAAAAGUUCAUGUUCGGUGUUGAACGUAUUAAACUAUGAGGAGUUUAUCAGACACUCAACGAAUGAAGAGCAACAAAUAUUACUAAAGUAUCUAUCUCCAGUUGAUGCUGUUACAGUCCCUGAUAGCCCUCGAUUCAAGGAUAACUUAAUUUACUUUCGACAACUGCUUGUGGAAGGGGUCUUUGACAUCUCCAUCUCUGGGGCAAAAUCUGAAGACUGCAAGACCUUGAAAAGGCUUGCAUUAUUCGAUUUGACGAAGUCCAAAUGGGUUGAAAACUAUCAGAAAUGUAAAAGUAGUAUGGGAGGAUAUGUUGUUUCUGGAUCUAAUGCCACUGCCCCAAGUAAUUUAACAAAUGUCAAGAGGUUGCGUGACAGCCCAAGUCAAAAUCCUACAGUGGUUUUCUGCUAUUGUAGUAAAGGGAGGGAAUAUUCAUGA